AUGGAGCCCAGAUCUAGGAAGUUUAAAGUGAAAGCUAUGUGUGACCAACCAACCCUGGUUGACGGAAACUGUUAUGAUAUGCUACAACGCGUCUAUAGAUCAUUUGGUGAUGAUGAAAGCGCCGAUGUGGCAGAUUUAUCAAAUUCUCCUACGGAUGGCACUUCACAGAAUCAGUCUGAUGAAGCUUCAUCCUUAUCUUGGGAUCUACGAGUACAAUGUUUUCUUGGCUGCCUCUGUCUCUCAGUAAUAUGCUCUUUAGGUGGAAGCGCCCUACUUUUUACAUGGAGAAUUACCGGUUUUGCUGUGAUGGUAUCUUUGGGUAGUAUUUUGUCGCUCUUUGGGACAUGUUUUUUAAUGGGUCCUUUAAAACAGUUACAAAAAAUGUUUGAACGAGGGCGUUUGUUAGCAUCCCUCAUGUAUUUGCUCUCUAUAGUCUUCACACUGAUAGCCGGCCUUAUUUUCUCGAACCCUCCGCUGGCACUUGUUUUCGUCAUUGGACAGUAUAUUGCAAUGACCUGGUACUCUAUAACAUAUAUACCCUUCGCACGAGAGGCGGUGUUGUCGCUGCGCUGCAACUGCUUUAGCUGA